UCUCCGACGCUUUCAGUUGAAUCCCAUCAAUGGAAGAAAUCCACCAAGCCGGGCAGGUCCACUUUGCGAAUGCAUCGCAUGAGGAAAAUGACCUCAUCACAGCAAUGUUCAAGAGCAUGGACCUGGACAAUGACGGACGAAUAUCAAAGAGUGAGUCUCUGGAACUCAUGAAAAGGGACAUGCCCACCAAUGAGGCAUCGUGUCUCUUCACCAAGCUUGACCAGGACAGAAGUGGAUCACUCGACUUCGACGAGUUCAAAACGCACUACUACGCCAGCAUUAGUAGGCCGAUAUGUGAUUAUUGCAAGAAAUUAGUGACAGGCAUGUAUUAUUGCUGUGUUAGGUGUUGGGAAAUGCACAUGACCGAUGGACAUGAGCUCCACCGGCGGUUCCAGGUGUGUGCUCAAUGCUACUCGAAUAAACUGUUCCAGCACAGCCACGAAGAGUUCUUGGACAAUUACAUGCUGCUAUUUCGAUCAAAGGAGAUACUGGCAGCGAAGACAGAGAAGAAAGUGAAAGUGAAUCCGGAAGCUAUGGAGGUGAAGGCAGCACUGAAAGCAGGUCGUUUAUUUUACAGGUCCCUUCCAGACAAGAAUGACGCUUACAACCUGUUUGCAGUGAUGGACCGUAAUGGCGACGGCGAUGUGAGCGAGACAGAGGUUAUCGACUUCCUAACCAAUAAGGGUAUGCCGCGUGCUGAUGCAUGUAAGCUGUUCAAAGGCACGAACCUGGGAAGGGAUGGUUACCUUAGCAUCGAGGACAUCGCGGCCUUGUGGUACAUCUCUGUCAUGCAUCCAUAUUGCGCCAGGUGCAAGGCCAGGAUCAUGGGCACGUGCUACAGCUGCUUUGAGUGCCACAACGUGUCGAUGCUUGGAUACGAUAAUAAUACAUAUGAUCUUUGCCCUGAGUGUUAUAGCAAGGGGGAGAUUUGGCAUGAGCAUGACUUCUUCUUGGACAAUUUCGCCCUCCUUCAGAUAAAAACUCUGCUGCUGAGACAAAGGACGGCCAUGAGUUCCAACGGAGGAGGGCAAGAGGCAGGUACGAGUUACAGUGGAGGGCGAGUCAUGAAGAUAAUGUCCAAAUCUGAGGUUUUGACAAUAAUGGCCGAUAUUGCUUCUGUAGUUGGCGCUGUGUGUGCUGUGGGCGCUGCACUUGCUGCAGUCCCAGGCUGUAGCAUCAUGUAAAUCCACGGCUGCCCCAAUUCAUGUUCUAUGACUCAAUUAGACUUGACAAGAAUCCACGGCAACAUAUAUACAAUAUCAGCUUGGCUGGAGUUUGUCAUUGCCGGAUUAUUCUCCUUCUCCACAUUGCCAACCAAUUAUGUAAUUUAGAAUGGUGCUUCUGGAUUUUGAUGACUAAA